AUGAAUCAAAAAAUUACAUUUGCUACUAUCUUGGUUGCGUUUUCCGCAUUCUUUAUCUACUUUACGGAUGCUUCUCCAAUUGGAUUGUCACCUCGUCAACCCGGUAGCGUCGCAUACUGUGAUUUCACGAACGACGUUACUGGUAGAAUCACUAUUACUGAACUUUGGAGUGGAAGCGUUAGAAUAACCGGACAAUUUAAUACGGGAUUCCCUGAUCGCACUAGCAAAUAUGAAUAUCAACUUUCCGGCGAAGAAAGGGGAGAAAUUGAAAGUGACAUAAUUUUUCCACCUGGAACUGCACCAUUUCAAUGCGAUUACAAAGAUAAAACCGUCAAAAUUAAUAUGUUAUUUGACGUUAUUCAUGUAAUGAAAGAAUGUAUAAUGUGA